ACAUUACCGGGCUACUAAACAGCUGUCUAUAAACUAUUGUUGAACAAAUUUCUAAGUACUAUCCGCACGUACGUCAAUAUACAUAUAAUAUAUAUAUGUACACUUGGGACUAAUAUAAAAGUUUAACACGGAUGGAGCUCCGAUUUAGUUUCAUUUCGAAUUUUCAAAACGAACGUAACGCGAAUAUACUUAAAGUCAUCACAUAAAAUGAGUACGAGCUGGAUUGUAUUACUUUUGAGCUGUUGCAUGGCGUCGUGGUUUGCGGCUGCAUUUCCACAACAAGCCAUUUCCAAAACCAACGAACCGCAGACGGCACUUUCACAGGAGAGUUCCUCCGCAGCCACAGAUAACAAUGCUUCUAGCAAGAACACGAACACUAAAUUAAGUUUGGCGAAAAAUGACUUGCUACUCGAUACAUUGGAAAUACUUGCCAAUCAGUCCACCGAUAUACUACACACUUCGAAUAAUUUAAUGAGGAACUUAAUUGCAGAACUGAGAGCGCAGCCUAACAGAACCACAGAAAUCGAUAGGUACAUCGAUCGAUUCGAUCAAGCGCUAAAGCAUAUCGAGAGAAUCGAUUUCGCUGCAGAACAACCACAAUUGGAGGACAUUUUCGCAUCGGUCGACGAGAUUGGUGAAAUCUUCUAUGAUAUUGAAGACAUGGACGAUGGGAAUGAUAGUGAAGUAUUACAAAGGGCAUUCGAUAGAGUCGGAGCAGAAAGCAUAGAUAGGCAAUUCCGUGAGAAUAUGGAACACACAUUAAUGGCGCUCGCAAAAGUAUUCGAUGGCUUUGUGAACUCACUGAGUGAAGUAGACAGACAAGCAGAAUAUCAAUUGAUCGACUGGUUUGAGCGCUUUCAGAAAGAGGAUGAUUUUGAAGAAAAACUUGGAAAUUUAAUAGAUGAAUUUUUGAAAUUUUUCGAAUAAAAGUUUACCUUGGCUUAUUCAAAGUUUUCAAAGCCAGCACUGGUUUAUUUUAGAAUUUCCAGUAUUAAAAACCAGUUUAUCUUCUGUACUUAAUUUGAUUUUUUUAUGGCACAAGUUCCAGCUGUAAAUAUUUGCUAGAAUGUCUUGCUUUAGAUUUCAAUGAAAAUUAAAAAAAUACAAUAGUUAUCAUAGCUAAAAUAAAUGAUGCCAUCAGAGAUCA